GCCACGCUCAGCGCCACCACCGCGCCGAUGCCCACCCUGCCCCCACCUGGCCGACUGCACCCAGGACCCACACGCCCCCCAGGGGCCCGUCUCCGGCCGCCUGGCCCCGCGGGGAAGCCAGGCCCCCGGCCCAGCCCAGCCAACGCCUCCUCGCUCCCCAGCCAGCUCUUCUUUCGGGCCAUGGCGCAGAACCUGACGGCCAAGCUGGCCCAGUACAACGGGACCCUGCUGCAGCGCCUGGAGAGUUACCUCCGUGCCACACGCUACCCGCUCCGCGGCAACCAAACCAUCGCCAGCGUGGCCUGGACCAUCUACCUCUACCUGGUGAACAGGAAGUCCCUGGAGGAACAGGAGAUGGUCUACGUGGGGCUGGGCCAGCAUUCGAAGGAGCUCGGGGCCAUGGCACCCACCUUGGGGCACCCUGCGGAGGAACCCACGGGGCCCCCCGGCCGCUUCCAGAUAGCCGGGAAGGAGGGCGGCAUCUUCUCGGAGGGCUCCCCCGGCUGGGCCACGGGGCCCAGGGGCCACGCCAAGCCGGCGGUGGUGACCCGCUCCCCCGGCGCCAUUGUGGUCUCACUGGAGGGCAUGCGUGGCCACGCGGAGCGCAUGGUGGUCCGCUACUGGCGGGCGGGCGACGGCGGAGGAGCGGGGGAGCUGGCGGUUCCCGGCGACGCCGCAGUGGUUCGCCUGCAUGGCCUGGCGCCUGGCACCACCUACCAGGUGGAGAUCCAUGGCCUUGUCCAGGGGCAGCUCUCCAAGUCCUAUUCCUUUGUCGCCUCCACAGCUCCAGAGGCAUCUGGCACCGAGCCCCCCCCCACGCCCAGCCUCCCCCGCCCUGGGCCACCCCCAGGGGACCUGGCCGUGACAGACGUCUCCCCCGACCGGUUCCGCGUCACCUGGACAGCCACGCCUGGCACCUUCCAGCACUUCCUGCUGCAGUACCGAGAGCCCGGCUCCCAGGUGCCCCCCGGGCAGACCCAGGUGCCUGGAGGGAAGAGGAGUGUGAUCGUCACCCAGCUGAGCCCCGGCACCGAAUACGAGGUGGAGCUGCGGGGGGUGGCACCUGACGGGACCAUCUCAGAGCCCAUCACCACCAGCGUGUCGACAGAACCCCUUGGUGGGGGCCCCGGGCCAAGCGACUUGGGGGCCCUGGGGGUCAGGAACGUGACCAGCGAUGGGUUUGGGCUGCAGUGGAGAGCGCGGAAGGGCCUGUUCCAGUCCUUCCUGCUGCGCUACGAAGAUGCGGCCGGGCGCAUGGGGCCCCGGGAGGCCGAGGUGCUGGCGGACCAGCGGGCGACCCGUGUUGGGGGGCUGCGGCCAGGCACCGAGUACAACGUCACGCUGUACGGGGUGCACCGCGGCCAGCUCUCACCCCCACUCAGAGCCAGAGUCCGGACAGCACCAGCAGAACCCGGCACCCAGCCCAGCCUGGGGGAGCUCUCGGCCUCCGACGUCACCCACGACUCCGCCCUGCUCUCCUGGACCGUCCAGGCCGGGGACUUCGACUCCUUCCUCCUCCAGUACAAGGACGCGGAGGGAAAACCCCAGGCGCUGCCCGUGGACGGGGGAUCCAGCACGGUCACCGUCACCAACCUGGCCCCCUCCCGCAGAUACAAGUUCAACCUCUACGGCAUCUCCGGCCGCAAGCGCCUCGGCCCCGUCUCCACCGACACCGUCACAGCCACGGCACCGACGGAGGCAGUACCCACCGCCCAGCCCAGCCUGGGGGAGCUCUCGGCCUCUGACAUAACCCACAACUCCAUCCUGCUAUCCUGGACCGUCCAGGCUGGGGACUUCGACUCCUUCCUCCUGCAGUACAAGGACGCGGAGGGAAAACCCCAGGCGCUGCCCGUGGAUGGGGGAUCCCGCGUGGUCACCGUAACCAACCUGGCCCCCUCCCGCAGAUACAAGUUCAACCUCUACGGCAUCUCCGGCCACAAGCGCCUCGGGCCCAUCUCCACCGACACCAUCACAGCUGCAGUGCAGCGGGAGGAAGAAAUCACCGCCGAGCCCAGCCUGGGGGAGCUCUCGGCCUCCGACAUAACCCACGACUCCAUCCUGCUCUCCUGGACCGUCCAGGCCGGGGACUUCGACUCCUUCCUCCUCCAGUACAAGGACGCGGAGGGCAAACCCCAGGCGCUGCCCGUGGACGGGGGAUCCCGCACGGUCACCGUCACCAACCUGGCCCCCUCCCACAGAUACAACUUCAAAUUCUAUGGUGUCUCCGGCCGCAAGCGCCUCGGACCUAUCUCCACUAAUGCAGUCACAGCGCCAUGGAAGGAUGAACCCACCGCCCAGCCCAGCCUGGGGGAGCUCUCAGCCUCCAACGUCACCCGCGACUCCAUCCUGCUCUCCUGGACUGUCCAGGCCGGGGACUUCGAUUCCUUCCUCCUGCAGUACAAGGACAAGGAGGGCAAACCCCAGGCGCUGCCCAUGGAGGGGGGAUCCCGCACGGUCACCAUCACCAACCUGGCCCCCUCCCGCAGAUACAAGUUCAACCUCUACGGCGUCUCCGGCCGCAAGCGCCUCGGCCCCAUCUCCACCGACACCGUUACAGGCGCGGUGGCGCAGGGGGAGGAGGAGCCCAGCCUAGGGGAGCUCUCGGCCUCUGACGUCACCCACAACUCCAUCCUGCUCUCCUGGACCAUCCAGGCCGGGGACUUCGACUCCUUCCUCCUGCAGUACAAGGACGCGGAGGGCAAACCCCAGGCGCUGCCCGUGGAUGGGGGAUCCCGCACGGUCACAGUCACCAACCUGGCCCCCUCCCGCAGAUACAAGUUCAACCUCUACGGCAUCUCAGGCCGCAAGCGCCUCGGGCCCAUCUCCACCGACACCGUCACAGCCGUGGCACCGCGGGAGGAGGCAGUUGGGAUGCAGCUCCGCCUGGGGGAGCUCUCAGCGGCCAACGCAGGCCACGACUCCAUCGACCUCUCCUGGACUGUGGAGGAGGGGACAUUCGACUCCUUCAUCCUCCAGUACCGGGACGCAGAGGGCAACCCCCGGGCACUGCCCGUGGAUGGUGCCCUGCGCUCCCUCCACCUCCAUGACCUGGCCCCCUCCCGCAGAUACAAGUUCAACCUCUACGGCAUCUCUGGCCGCAAGCGCCUCGGCCCUGUCUCCACCAAUGCUGUCACAGCCGCGGCACCGACGGAGGCAGUACCCACUGCCCAGCCCAGCCUGGGGGAGCUCUCAGCCUCCAACCUCACCCACGACUCCAUCCUGCUCUCCUGGACCGUCCAGGCUGGGGACUUCGACUCCUUCCUCCUCCAGUACAAGGAUGCGGAGGGCAAACCCCAGGCGCUGCCCGUGGAGGGGGGAUCCCGCACGGUCACCGUCACCAACCUGGCCCCCUCCCGCAGAUACAAGUUCAACCUCUAUGGCGUCUCCGGCCGCAAGCGCCUCGGGCCCAUCUCCACCGACGCCGUCACAGCACCGUGGAAGGAGGAACCAGCCCCGCAGCCCAGCCUGGGGGAGCUCUCGGCCUCCGACUUCCAGUCUCAGCUCUGCACGUGGUUUCUGCGCGUCACUCUGGGCCGACCCUCCAUGGAUGCAGGGUGGCUGCAGGGAACCCAGGAAUGUGGAUCCUCUUUGCAGAGAUACCCCGUCAUCGUCUGUCCCCAGCUGUCCUUCCCAGAAGGGGCAACCCUCCGGGCACUGGCCCGUGGUGGUGCCCAUGCCUGCUCCCUCACCGUCCAUGACCUGCGCCCCCUCCGCCAGAUACAAGUUCACCUCGUAGGCAUCUCUGCCGCAAGCGCCUCGGCCCUGUCUCACCAAAUGCUGUCAAGCCGCUCUGGCACCCGACGGAGGCGCCUCGGGUUCCCAGCCCAGCCUGGUGAGGAGCUCUCAGCCUCCAACCUCACCCACGACCUACCCAUCUGCUCCUCCCUGGACCUGUCCAGUGCCUGGGGACUUCGACUUCCUUCCUCCUCCGAGACAAGGUCGCGGAGGCAGACCCCAGCGCCGCUUGCCGUUGAUCGGGGGGAUCCCGCAACGGUUCACCGUCACGCAACCCUUGGCCCCAUCCUGCACGAUACAAGUUCAAUCUAUGGCGUCUCCGUGCCGCAAAGCGCCUCGCCAUUCCUCCACCUCAGUCUGCUACGUGGUUUCUGCGCGUCACUCUGGGCCGACCCUCCAUGGAUGCGGGUGGCUGCGGAUACAAGUUCAACCUCUACGGCAUCUACGGGCCGCAAGCGCCUCGGGCCCAUCUCCCACGACGCCAUCACAGGUCAACGGCUGCUCCCGGUACAAGGACGCGGAGGGCAACCCCAGCGCGCUGCCAGUGGACGGGGAUCCCGCACGGUCACCAUCACCAACCUGGCCCCCUCCCACAGAUACAAGAUCAACCUCUACGGGCAUCUACGCCGCAAGCGCCUCGGCCCCAUCUCACCGACACCGCACAGCCGUGGCCCACGAAGCGGUGCCCACCUGCCCACCGCAGCCUGGGGGCUCUCUGCCUUCGACAUCACAAUGACUCCACCUCCGCUCUGUCUGGACUGUCCAGACCGGGGACCUUCACUCCUUCCUCCUCCAGUACAAGACUCAGAGGCCGACCCUGGCAUGCCCCAGUUCCCCCAACGUGCCCGCCCGACCCUUCUGAGGCAGUGCCCCCCCGCGUGUAUGGGGAUCCGCACGGUCACUGUCACCAACCUGGGCCCCCUCUCCCGCAGAUACAAGUUCACCUUCUACGGCAUCUCUGGCCGCAAGCGCCUCGGGCCCGUCUCCACCGACACCGUCACAGCGCCAUGGAAGGAGAAACCCGCCCCCCAGCCCAGCCUAGGGGAGCUCUCGGCCUCUGACGUCACCCACGACUCCAUCCGGCUCUCCUGGACCAUCCACGCCGGGGACUUCAACUCCUUCCUCCUCCAGUACAAGGACGCGGAGGGCAAAACCCAGGCACUGCCCGUGGAGGGGGGAUCCCGCACGGUCACCGUCACCAACCUGGCCCCCUCCCGCAGAUACAAGUUCAACCUCUACGGCAUCUACGGCCGCAAGCGCCUCGGGCCCAUCUCCACUGACGCCAUCACAGCCGCGGCACCCACAGAAGAGGUGCCCACCGCCCAGCCCAGCCUGGGGGAGCUCUCGGCCUCUGACGUCACCCACGACUCCAUCCUGCUUUCCUGGACCGUCCAGGCCGGCGACUUCGACUCCUUCCUCCUCCAGUACAAGGACGCGGAGGGCAAACCCCAGGCGCUGCCUGUGGACGGGGGAUCCCGCACGGUCACCGUCACCAACCUGGCCCCCUCCCGCAGAUACAAGUUCAACCUCUACGGCAUCUCCGGCCGCAAGCGCCUCGGCCCCAUCUCCACCGACAGCGUCACAGCUGUGGCACCGUGGGACAAGGGAGCCGGGACGCAGCUACGCCUCGGGGAGCUCUCAGCCUCCAAUGUCACCCGCGACUCUGCCUUGCUCUCCUGGACCGUGGAGGAGGGGACCUUCGACUCCUUCAUCCUCCAGUACAAGGAUGCGGAGGGCAAACCCCAGGUGCUGCCCGUGGACGGGGGAUCCCGCACGGUCACCGUCACCAACCUGGCCCCCUCCCGCAGAUACAAGUUCAACCUCUACGGCAUCUCUGGCCGCAAGCGCCUCGGCCCCGUCUCCACUGACACCAUCACAGCUCAGCUUCCCGAGGCUGGUGCGGUUUGCCCGCGGGGCGGGGUGGCGCGGGAAGCCGGGAAUGUGGGCUGCUCUUUGCAGCCUUUUGCCGUCGUCAUGUCUCGGCCCCGCUUCUCCUUCAGCCGCAGGAUCGUCACUGUCCUGGGGCCGUCGGUCCCUGGGGCUCCCCCUCGGUCCCCAGCUUCGUCCUGGACCGUCCAGGCUGGGGAGCUUCGAGACUCCUUCCUCCUCCAGUACAAGGACGCGGAGGGCAAACCCCAGGCGCUGCCUGUGGACGGGGGAUCCCGCACGGUCACCAUCACCAACCUGGCCCCCUCCCGCAGAUACAAGUUCAACCUCUACGGCAUCUCCGGCCGCAAGCGCCUCGGGCCCAUCUCCACCGACACCGUCACAGCGCCACAGGAGGAGGGAGCCGGGAUGCAGCUCCGCCUGGGGCCGCUCUCGGCCUCUGACAUCACCCACGACUCCCUCAAUCUGUCCUGGACCGUGGAGGAAGGGACCUUCGACUCCUUCAUCCUCCAGUACCGGGACGCGGAUGGCAAACCCCAGGUGCUGCCCGUGGACGGGGGAUCCCGCACGGUCACCGUCACCAGCCUGGCCCCCUCCCGCAGAUACAAGUUCAACCUCUACGGCAUCUCUGGCCGCAAGCGCCUCGGCCCCGUCUCCACCGACACCGUCACAGGCCGGCCGGACGAGGAGCAGGAGGAGGAGGAGGAGGAAGGGGCCACGCAGCCCAAGCUGGGGGAGCUCUCGACCUCUGAGGUCACCAAAGACUCCGUCCGCCUCUCCUGGACUGUCCAGGCCGGGGCCUUCGACUCCUUCCUCCUGCAGUACCGGGACGCGGAGGGCAAACCCCAGGCGCUGCCCGUGGACGGGGGAUCCCGCACGCUCGUCGUCUCCGACCUGCUCCCCUCCCGCAAGUACAAGUUCAACCUCUACGGCAUCUCCGGCCACAAGCGCCUCGGCCCCAUCUCCACCGACGCCGUCACAGCCUUCCCGGAAGCCUCCAGCGUGACACCCGCCCGGCUGGAGCAGCUGCUCGUCUCCGAGGUGACCCCGACCUCCCUGCGGCUGCGCUGGGACGCGCCCGAGGGCGACUUUGACACCUUCCUCAUCCGUUACCGGGCCGAGGGCCGGGGGCCCGCCCAGGAGGUGCCAGUGCCGGGGGCCCAGCGCUCGGCUGUGCUGCGGGGGCUGCGGCCCGGCACCGAAUACGACCUGGCCGUGUACGGCCUGCGGCAGGGCAAGGAGACGGCCAACGUCCACGGGGCCGCGCGGACCAGCAGCCUCGGUACGGCCCCCCUGGGUGGGAGCUGGGAGAGGCCCCAGGACCUGCGCUUUCGCGAGUCCGCGAGACCUCGCUGGGGUGACGGGCGGGCCCCCGUCCACCCACGUCGACCACUACAAGGUCUUCCUUCAGCUUGCGCCCAUGGGGGGAGCCGCAGGCCACGAUGGUCAGAGGGCACCAGGCUGCAGACGACGCUCGGGGCGCUGAUCCCCGGGGCCAGCUACGAAGUCAGCAUCAUGGCCAUGCGGGCUUCGAGGAAGAGCGCGCCGCUGGUGGGCUACGUCACCACAAUCCCCGAUGGCCCCUCCGACCUGCGAGCCGUCAACAUCGCCGACACCUCGGCCCUGCUGCGCUGGCGCCCGCCCCGGGCCCCCGUCCAGAGCUACAAGCUGAGCUACGGGCCCCCCCAGGGCCCUCGUGACACUGCAGCUCCCCGGGACCGGCCGAGCACCCCUGGCUGGCUGCGGCUGGACACCUGUGUAGUUGAGUCAGCGUCCAUGCGGUGAUGGGGGGGCAACCGCAGCUCCCCCGCCAGCGCCACCUUCACACCGGAGAUCCCUGGGCCCGACGCCGCCUCCCACCAGCUGAGCAACCUGACCCGUUCAGCCGCUACCAAGGUUCCGGGUGCAGGCGAUCCGGUGGCCGCCCAGCACCCCCAUCCCACCUCCUUCAACACCGGUGAGCCGCAGGACUCCUUGGCGUCUCUCCAGUCGGGACGGGAGCGGGGCUGGUGGUGGACCAUCUACCUGGGGGGCGACAGCAGCGGCCCCCUCAGGUGCUACUGGUGGGACAUGGGAGACCGACGGGCGCUGGCUGGAGAGAACCCAGGCGUCCGGGCAGCCCUGGCCAUUCGCCAGACCCGCCCCCUGCUUGAGCCAGGAGAAGAACCCAGCGUCCGGCCACCCUGCCAUCGCCAGACCCCGCCCCCUGCUGAGCCAGGGAGAGAACCCAGGGUCCGGCCAGCCCAUGCCAUCGCCGAUCCCGCCCCCGCGAGCCAGCGGAGAGAACCCAGGGUCCGCCAGCCCGCAUCGCCAGAUCCCGCCCCCGCUGAGCCAGGGAGAAACCAGGCGUCCGGCCAGCCCGCCAUCGCCAGACCCCCGCCCCCUGCUGAGCCAGGGAAACAGGGCGUCCGGCCAGCCCUGCCAUCGCCAGAUCCCGCCCCCUGCUGA